AUGGCUCUCGCAACGUUUUCUCUCAGCCUCAUCACGCUGGCGCUUACAAACUUGCACCUGUCGAGAGCCAGCGACCGGCAUGCGGUGUACUGGAACAGCUCGAACCUACUGCUACGGAGGGAGGGCUACACGGUGCAGGUCAGCGUCAAUGACUACCUGGACAUCUACUGCCCGCACUAUAACACCACCCAGCGGGGGACGCUGGAGCGCAUCGUGGCCGAGCAGUACAUCCUCUACAUGGUCAGCUACCGCGGCUACCGCACCUGCGACCCCCAGCUGGGCUCCAAGCGCUGGGAGUGCAACCGGCCCCACGCGCCUCACGCUCCCAUCAAGUUCUCAGAGAAGUUCCAGCGCUACAGCGCCUUCUCGCUGGGCUACGAGUUCAACGUGGGCCAGGAGUACUACUAUAUCUCCACACCCACCCACCACCACGGCCACAGCUGCCUGAGAAUGAGGGUCUACGUCUGCUGCUCCACCGUUUCCCAGGGAGAUGAUGACUCCAGUCAGACUCCUCCUGUCUACACAGUCAGGCCAAACAUCAAAAUACACAACAUUGACGAGUUUAACCCCGAAGUUCCCAAACUGGAGAAAAGCGUCAGUGGCAGCAGCCCAUCACGCGACCGCCUUCUUCUCACAGUGGCGAUGCUGCUCGUCUCCGCCGUCCUUUUGUCCUAGCGACUGUCACCGCGAGUGACGCUUCACGCAUAGCUGGACCGCCUUGUCCAAAGGGCUUUGUUUCCACCGAGUUGUUGAUGAGAGAGUUGGCAAAAACACAGAAGAGAAUCAAGCAGAGGUGAAACAGAACCACAAAUCAAAGAG